AUGGCAUCCGACGGAAUUAUUGCUGAGAGUGAGGUUCUCACAGAGUCAUUUGCGACUGCCGGGCUGAUGUUGCCCAUCAAUUCAGUCGAGUAUCUGGCAUUGCUGGACUACUAUUGUAACCCAGGCAUCAAAGAAAGUAGGGACCCUCGCACGUGCCGGAUUAUGGUUGGCCUUGAAACUCCCGCCGGUUUAGUUGCUAAGGGUGCUGAUGUGUCUGCUUUACUUGAACGGUCAAUCUUCCGAUACAUGCACGCGAUGGGAAAUGAUGAGGGUACCACGGCUGAAGAUGGGGCUAAUAAUGCUGUUGUCAAGAAUUGGGUAGUGGCAUUCAAAAUUGCACGAUCCUUUGCUGGGGCGUCAGACCUUGUGGUAGAAGGAUUGACUCAUAAGUUGUCGCGGGCUUUAUCCAUUCAGCCCGAUGAUAUUGACGUGGCGCGGCCACUGCAUUCGUAUGGAGUAGACUCGCUUUUGGCGAUGGAACUUCGAAGUUGGUUUGCGAAGGAAUUCAAGUCUGAUGUUGUAGUCUUUGAAAUCAUGAACGCAGGUAACUUCGCAGCUGUUGCGACUGCGGCGAUCUUCAAGAGUAAGAAUCACCAGACAGAGUGGGAGGAAAUUUGA